GGCCCAUAGCGUUUCCUAUUGGCGCAUUUGCUUAGAAAGGGGUUCGUCGGAAUCAUCAUCAGUCCUCACUCUUUACUCUUCUCCUCUCUUCAUCAGUCGUCGCUUCAUCGGCGUGUUUUCGUUUCUGCCCCGUCUCACCUAAAGCUCAAGGUAAAGCAGCUACGAUGGGUAUUUCAUCGGAUGAAGAGUCCGAGAUAAGCGAGUCAGAGAUCGACGAUUAUUCUGAAAUACCGUACCUGAUGUUGCAGACUGGGAAAUACAAGGUUAAAGUGAACGGAAAUCUGAGAUGCCCUUUUUGUUCAGGCAAAAAAAAACAGGAUUACAAGUAUAAGGAGUUGAUUGCCCAUGCUUCAGGGGUUUCCAAAGGAUCUGCAAACAGAAGUGCUAAACAGAAGGCUAAUCAUCUCGCCUUGGCAAAGUACUUAGAGAACGAGCUUGCUGGUGAUGCAGAACCUGUUCCACGCCCUCCAGUUCCUCAGUUGGACGAGUCAGAAGCGAAACCGGGUGACAUUUAUGUCUGGCCAUGGAUGGGGAUUGUCAUUAAUCCUUUGAAAGAAACUGAUGACAAGGAAGCUCUACUUGAUUCAGCUUAUUGGUUGAAGGAGCUUUCUAGAUUUAAUCCUAUUGAGGUGAAUGCCUUUUGGGUCGAACAAGAUUCAGCCGUUGGGGUUAUUGCUAAGUUUAACAGCGACUGGAGUGGGUUUGCGAGUGCAACAGAGCUUGAGGAGGAGUUUGAGAACAAAGGUUGCAGCAAAAAGGAGUGGACGGAGAAGAGAGGAGAUUCUGAGUCCAAGGCCUAUGGUUGGUGUGCACGUGCCGAAGACUAUAACUCUGAAGGGCCAAUUGGUGAGUACCUCUCCAAGGAGGGAACGCUAAGAACGAUUUCAGAUAUUUCUCAAGAAAAAGCUCAGGAUAGAAACAGUGUUCUGGACGAACUUUCGGAUAUAAUUGCUAUGACAAACGAAGAUCUGAACAAGGUUCAAUACAGUUACAACAAGACGGCGAUGUCACUGCAGAGAGUCCUAGACGAGAAGAAAACCUUGCAUGAAGCUUAUGCAGACGAAACAAAGAAGAUGCAGCGGAUGUCGCUUCUCAAGAUCCAGAGGAUCCUAGCAGAUAAAGAGAGGCUAAGUGAUUUACUGGAGUCUAAGAUGGUACAACUGCAGACUUGGUCCAAACAGUUGGACAAAGAGGAAGCACUAACUGAACAGGAGAGACAAAAGCUUGAUGAAGAAAAGAAAAAGAGUGAUGCUAUGAACAUCUCCCUCCAGUUAGCCUCCCGCGAGCAGAAAAUUGCUGACGAGAGCGUUUUGAGACUUGUAGAAGAGCAUAAGAGACAAAAAGAAGAGGCUUUGAACAAGAUCCUUCAGCUUGAGACGCAGCUAGACACCAAACAGACAUUAGAAAUGGAGAUUCAAGAGCUGAAAGGAAAAUUACAAGUGAUGAAGCAUUUGGGGGAUGAUGAUGAUGAGGCGGUCAAGCUGAAAAUGAAGGAGAUGACAGAUGAGCUGGAGGAAAAGAAGUCCGAGUUAGAAGAUCUGGAGCAGAUGAACUCAGACCUGAUGACAAAAGAACGUCAAAGCAAUUUGGAGAUACAAGCAGCGCGGAAAAAAUUAAUUGCGGGUUUGACAGGAUUGUUGGGUGCCAAUACUGAUAUCGGGGUUAAAAGGAUGGGAGAACUCGAUGAGAUACCCUUCUUGAAUGUUUGCAAGCAAAGAUAUUCUGCAGAUGAAGCUUCAAUUGAAGCUGCCACCCUUUGCUCUACAUGGCAGAAGAACGUCAACGAUAUUUCCUGGCAGCCGUUCAAACAUGAAGGAACCGGGUACAAAGCAACGGAAGUGGUUGACGAGAACGAUGAGAAGCUGAAGAAGCUUAAAGGAGAGUGGGGAGAAGAGGUUCAUAACGCAGUUAAGACAGCUCUGGAAGAGUUGAAUGAGUACAAUGGAAGUGGUAGGUACAUUACCCCAGAACUUUGGAAUUUCAAAGUAGGAAGGAAAGCAACAUUGAAGGAAGUGAUUACUUUCAUUUCGAACGACAUCAAAACUGUGAAACGCAAAAGAACCUGAAGGAUGGAGGAGGAAUAAGAAAGAAUGGUUAAGCUUUUAUGUGUGAGAAUUGAGGAGCUUAAAUGAUGUAAAAUAAUUAAGUUGCUCAUAUACUCUUGUAUUAAGACUUGGCUCUUCGACUUGUUGUACCUCUGAAUCUUUUCUUUGAAAGAUUUCGAACAGCUAAUUAGCCCCUUCUUUUAUUAGUUAUGCUCUGGUUUAUACUU